AUGGAUAUUCAAAUCAAAUUCCUGAACGGACAUACAUACUCCCUGCCGGUGAACUCAAGUAUUACUGUUGGAGAUUUAAAGAAACGCAUUGAGGAUCUGAGAGGCGAUGCACCUGCACGCCAGAGACUCUCAAACGGAAACGGGAUAAACUUCAGCAAUGAUUUCAGCUCCCUCAGUGCCAUCGGCUUAAAGUCUGGUUCUUGUGUCGUGGUUCUGGUAACGGAUCCCGCACCUAUUCAGCCUAUUCAGGUGAUCCUAAAGAACGAGAAAAGUCAGAUUUCCACCUAUGACGUGAUGCCUGGUGAAACCGUCAAGGCUUUCAAAAUCAAGGUCUACAGUAAGCUGAAGGUUGAAGUCGACCAACAGAGACUGAUUUUCGAGGGCAAGCAGCUUGAUGAUGACCGAAAACUGGAAUCCUACGGCAUUGGAUCUAUGAGCACCAUUUUUCUCACACUCGCUCUCAGAGGAGGUUAA